AUGCGUCCUUCACUCGCCACAGCAGUCCUGCCACCUAGGACCCGUUCCCACAAUCCGCCCAACCUGGCCGUCGGGGGCCGCGAACACCUGUCAGCCCCACGAAGGCGCAGCCCCCACCUCCGACACACCCUCAGCCCGGAGAACCUGCGGACCCUGGCGGAGAGGGGUGGAGCAGCUGUCGAUACUGUCUCUGUGGUCAGCGGGCCCAUCGGGCUCCCGCGGGCUAACAGCGACACAGACCUGGUGACGUCCCAGAGUCGCUCUUCGCUAACGGCGUCCACUCUGGAGUUCACGCUGAACCGUGGCCAGAACCUCGUCAUAAGCUGGGACAUCAAGGAGGAGGUGGACGCCACCGACUGGAUUGGGCUGUACCAUAUCGAUGAAACUAGUCCUUCCAACGUGUGGGACUGUAAGAACAGAGGGGUGAAUGGCACCCAGAAGGGUCAGAUUGUUUGGAGGCUGGAGCCCGGGCCCUACUUUAUGGAGCCUGAGACCAAGAUCUGUUUCAAGUACUACCAUGGAGUGAGCGGAGCCCUGAGAGCCACGACCCCCUGCAUCACUGUGAAGAAUCCAGCUGUCCUGGUGGAGGGGCUGACGGAGCAGGUGGGCGUCGAACAUCCUCGGAAGCUGAUCAGCUUUACGUUGACAGAUCUGCGUGCCACUGGCUUGAAGAAGGGCAUGUUUUUCAAUCCUGACCCGUACCUGAAGAUGUCCAUCCACCCAGGGAAGAGAAGCGUCUUCCCCAUCUUCAGCCAUCACGGACAGGAACGGCGAUCAGCUAUCAUCGCUAAUACCACCAACCCCGUCUGGCAUGGAGAGAAAUACACAUUCGUGGCGCUGAUGACAGAUAUUCUCUACAUCGAGGUGAAGGACAAGUUUGCAAAAAGCAGGCCGAUCAUCAAACGCUUCCUUGGUCAGCUCACUAUCCCCGUCCAGCGGCUUAUUGAAAAAAUACCUGGAAUCCAGCCUGUGAGUUUCUCUCUGUGUCGACGCCUGCCCACUGAACAUGUAAGCGGGCAGUUGCAGUUCAAAGUUGAGCUCACCUCGACUGGGCCGGAUGGUGCCUCUCCUGAUUCUAUCAUUGGCAUUUCGUCCUUGAAUGGAGCUCCAGGGACUCCAUCCGAUGAUGAGGACUUGCCCCACCACCUUCCAGGUGUGGUCUCUGCUGGCCCCUCCCCUACAGGUUCUCAGGGCUCCCAAAGCAUGUGGGAAGGCGGAGCCACAGCCUGCCCAGAGAAAGACCUUCCUCUUGUCGGAGCAGAGGGCAGAUAUAUGGAACCUGAAAGCCUUUCGGGCCAUGAAUUGCUACAGAGGUCACUCAGUGAGGGCCUGGAUGCUAUUGAGGCCCCUAAAGGCCCCGGUGAAAGACCCUUGGGUGCUGCUUCACCCAAAUUACGCUCGAGUUUCCCCACACACACAAGGCUCAGCGCCAUGUUACACAUCGAUUCAGAUGAGGAUGAGGAGAGGUCCGGCGCCAAUGACAUCACUCCGGUGCCACUGUCACCACUGCUAAUGAAUGGAGUACCUCCAGACGUCAGUGGUCCUGAGGAAGACGACCUGUUUCCUGAGCUUCAGCAGGAGCCUGAGCAGCUGGAGCACUCAGUGCUGGAGGAGGAGCCUGAGGGUGCAGGUGCUAUGAUAGAAGACAUCCCUCCUGGGGCAGAAGUGGCCCCGGAGGGUGAGCUUGGUUUGGACUUGGAGGAUGUUCUGGAGCCAGACGUUUUCCUUGAAGUGGAGGAGGCUCCAUUCGCAGAGGCUCAUAAUGUUUUGCCAGAGGGUGGACAGGUAGCUGAGCAAGGCAGGGGGCCUGUGGAGGACCCUUCAUCAGAGAUCGACACCUGCUCAAUGGCUACAGCCCCUCAGACAGCGUUCUCAUCAUCAGAGAGCUGUCCAAUCACACUGACCACUGCUGUGGAACCAGAGGAGGGAGCUGAGACGGCCAUAGAUCCAGGGGGAGAUGUAGAGUCCGGGGCCCCACCAACCAAUCAAGCUGUGGAUGAUGAAGGGGGUGGACAAGCUGCUGCUGCUCCUGUUGAAGGACAAGCUGCACCCGCUAGUGAGCAGGUGGAAGUUGAGGAGAUCAGUGUUCGGAGGCUGAGCCUGCAGGCUUCAGGGGGCGUGGCCGAAGCCCAGGAAGGGGAGGAGACGAAGCCAAGUGAGGAGGCGGGGUCUGCGGAGUCAGAGCAGGUUACCACAGAAACAGAUGGAGAGGAAGGUACCCAUGUCAACGGCCAUCCUGUACGAUCGCUUCCUUCUGUGCGUCACGACAUCCAUCGAUACCAACGUGUGGACGAGCCUCUACCUCCCAACUGGGAGGCUCGGAUCGACAGCCAUGGAAGGAUCUUCUUUGUGGACCACGUGAACAGAACCACCACGUGGCAGCGUCCCACUGGACCACCUGCCCCACAGGGCCUGACCCGCUCCAACUCCAUUCAGCAGAUGGAGCAGCUCAACCGCAGAUACCAGAGCAUCAGGAGAACCAUAACCAACAGUGAUCGUUCAGAGGAAGCCCCAGUUGACCUGCUUCCUGAACCAGAAAGUGAACUGAUGCCCCACUCCAUUUCUGAAUACAGACGAGAAAGCGCAGUCGCUCACUCCAGUGGUCGCUCGCGCCUCUCCCUGCUGCUCCAGUCGCCAAGCGCCAAGUUCCUGUGCAGCCCCGACUUCUUCACCGUGCUGCAUUCUAACCCUAGUGCCUAUCGCAUGUUUACGAGCAACACCUGCCUGAAGCACAUGAUCAGCAAGGUGCGUCGAGAUGCUCAUUACUUUGAGCGCUACCAGCACAACCGCGACCUCGUCACCUUCCUCAACAUGUUCUCCAACAAGCAGCUGGAGCUUCCCCGGGGCUGGGAGAUGAAGCACGACCAUACUGGGAAGCCCUUCUUCGUGGAUCACAACUGUCGCUCCACGACCUUCAUUGACCCACGGCUGCCCCUCCAAAGUUCUCGCUCCACCGGGCUGCUGGCCCACCGCCAGCAUCUGAGCCGCCAGCGCAGCCACAGUGCUGGGGAGGUGGUGGAUGACUCUCGCCAAACCAACCCACCCGUCAUGCCCCGCCCCUCCAGCACCUUCAGCGGCUCCAGUCGAAGUCAGUACCAUGACGUGGUGCCUGUGGCCUACAAUGACAAGAUAGUGGCGUUUCUACGGCAACCCAACAUCUUUGAGAUUCUGCAGGAAAGACAACCUGAGCUUGCGAGGAACCACUCGCUCAAGGACAAAGUGCAGUUCAUUCGCAGCGAGGGAGUCAACGGCCUGGCUCGCCUCUCCAGCGACGCUGACCUCGUCAUGCUGCUGAGCUUAUUUGAGGAGGAGGUGAUGUCAUAUGUACCGCCGUUACUCCACCCAGGUUACUGCAUCUCCUCGCCUCAGAGCUCCCCUGGCACUCAGCGAGCUAAUGCCCGAGCUCCUGCUCCCUAUAAGCGAGAUUUCGAGGCUAAACUGAGGAACUUCUAUCGAAAGCUGGAGACAAAGGGUUAUGGACAGGGACCCGGGAAAGUCAAACUCAUCAUACGCCGAGACCACCUUCUGGAGGACGCCUUCAACCAGAUCAUGUGUUACUCCCGUAAAGACCUCCAGAGGAGUAAACUCUACGUCAGCUUUGUAGGCGAGGACGGGUUGGACUACAGUGGACCCUCCAGAGAGUUUUUCUUCCUGGUGUCGAGAGAACUGUUCAACCCGUACUACGGACUGUUUGAGUAUUCAGCCAAUGACACAUACACUGUCCAGAUCAGCCCCAUGUCUGCCUUUGUAGACAACCAUCAUGAAUGGUUUCGCUUCAGUGGACGCAUCUUGGGGCUGGCUCUAGUUCAUCAGUACCUGCUGGAUGCGUUCUUUACUCGUCCUUUCUACAAGGGGCUUCUUCGCAUUCCCUGUGACUUGAGUGACCUGGAGUUCCUGGAUGAAGAGUUUCACCAGAGCCUGCAGUGGAUGAAGGACAACGACAUCGAAGACAUGCUGGACCUCACCUUCACUGUCAACGAGGAGGUCUUUGGACAGAUUACAGAGAGAGAGCUGAAGCCUGGCGGGGCUGGUAUCCCUGUCUCAGAGAAGAACAAAAAGGAGUACAUCGAGCGAAUGGUCAAGUGGCGUAUAGAGAGAGGAGUGGCCCAGCAGACGGAGAGCCUGGUCCGAGGCUUCUAUGAGGUGGUGGAUGUGCGACUGGUAUCUGUGUUUGAUGCCAGGGAGCUGGAGCUGGUUAUUGCAGGCACUGCAGAGAUCGACCUGGCAGACUGGAGGAACAACACCGAGUACAGAGGAGGUUACCAUGACAACCACAUAGUGAUUCGCUGGUUCUGGGCAGCUGUGGAGAGAUUCAACAAUGAGCAGAGGCUGAGGCUGCUGCAGUUUGUCACAGGCACCUCCAGUAUUCCCUAUGAGGGAUUUGCCUCUCUACGGGGCAGUAAUGGACCCCGCAGGUUCUGUGUGGAGAAGUGGGGGAAAAUCACCUCCUUACCCAGGGCUCACACUUGCUUUAAUCGUCUGGACCUCCCACCCUACCCCUCCUUCUCCAUGCUUUACGAGAAGCUGGUAACCGCAGUAGAGGAAACAAGCACGUUCGGCUUGGAGUAACCUCAAACCGGCUGACACCCAGGGUUAACUGGGGAGAGAUAAUCGUCUGGAAAUCCAUGUUUCCCACUUAGGAGAGAGACAGAAAAUAAAACUAAUAUCCUCAAAAGGCAACUAACCCCCCUCGUGGAUAACUCCGCCGUUUCUUCCGACUGGCUUUACAUCACUCAGCACGCAGGCUUCGUUCCGAUUCUCUGCCUUUUCUUCUCCUUUGGAUCACGUGAACACCUUCAAGAAGAAAGAUGGAGAAUCGGAAAAUGGUUUGAAAAGCUGUACAGUACAAUUUCUUGUUUUCAUGGUAACCUUUGUUCACUUAGCCACAUGUGUGCUUUAUUUCUUUAGUUAAUGGCCUUGGUUACUGGAUUUCUAGCACCUCUCCUCCUCCUCCUCCUCCUCCUCCAACCUGCACCUCAGAGACAGCUGCUCAACCACAAAGCUCCCUUUCCCUCUCUGGACCUCGAAACUGUGUCUGUCCCUCACUGGGGCUGCAGUGUUAUAAACUAUAUUACACACACAUACACACCUUUGCACAAACACACACAAACAUGUGAAUUUUUCUUUGUAUUUACAGGACAAACCAGUGUUUCCCCUGAGAUUUUUAUAAGCAUGGAAAGAUGUGACAUUUUAGACGUUUAACUUGAUGUUGGCUGGUCCUCCCUGCCUGUUUAUGGCAGAGGUUACACUGGUUUGCUCAAAUACACACUGACAGAUGAACGCAAAUCAAUUAUUCUAAGUCUGAAAAUGCACUUGUUUUCACAGUUUUGAUUCCCGAAUAAGCUGGACAGCGAGUCACAAAUCGUCAGUGAUAUUUACGGACAGUGACAGUGACCCGUUGUGAUAAUGACGGCAGGUUCUGGUCAGGACUGUUACCUUCAAUACAGCGACAUCAGAGCUCCUACAUGAGCUCAAAAGGUAAAGACACACUGGAGAAAGAAACAGCAGUCCUGUUUCUGCAUAGACACAACAAGGACAACCAGUGUCACACACAAAAACAUGCAUACAAUAUACAGCAUUAGCCUUGCACCUUUAGGUGCACUUUCUUACGUGCAACAGAUGCACUCACGCCAGUCCAACAUAAACACAUUUACUGACACACUUCAGUCAGAUAGAAAUGCAGGGUUCCUGUCUUUCAAACUGUUCCACACAUUUCUCAUGAGCAAUAGAUGCACUUUCUCACAUAGACAGAUGACGCCCGCUCGUAAGUGUGACACACAACGUCCUUCUCACUGAUGUAAUCGCCUCCCACUCAAUGAAAGUGAUGAAUGUAACAAACCAGUGACUGAAUGUAUAAACUUCAAGCAACUCUGCUCGGCCUCUGAGGAAAAUCUCGCUCCAAGCCGAAGAGGAAACACAAGGUAGAAAGUUUGAAGUGGAGGGACAGGAAAUAAAGCAUGACAGGUGCUUGAGGAAUGUGGAGGCGCUUUACUUAAUGUUGGCACCAGAUUAGGCCUUGCUAGCUGAGACACAAGUGUGGUGUCAUACAGGUACCGGGUCAGGCUGUGGUGGUAGGACUUUUUUAGUGCCUCUUGAGUUUUCCUGACCAUAAAGUGAAAUUUCAUAAAUUUUACAAGGGAAGUUUUGGACCAGAUUCACAUGUGUCACUCAUCAAAGAUGGUGAAACUGUUGGAGCUGUGGUUUUUAACAAAUCAGAUCUCAACACAAGGGGGCAAUAAGGUGUUCUACCAUUACUAUGGCACUCAAAUGAAAGAAGCAGUGAUUUUGUCCUUAUUGAAGGGUCUGACCAGGUGUCGGGAUGAUGUUAUCAGGAACAAGCACCAGCCUUUAAGGCUGUAAGGAUAUUGUACUUAAGAACUUGUGGCAUACAAGUCCAUGCCAGACAAUAGUUUUGUCUUAAAAGCAUGUGAUAAAACAUUUCUCUUACUCUUAAGUGCACAACCUAAAGUCUGAGGACCCUUUCACUUUGUCUCCCACACACUACACAAACACACACACAGCACACACACA